AAGACAGCAUAAAGCAGGAAAAGCUAAAACCAGGGGUGCCAAAAUAUUUAAAAAGAAACACCUUUUCGUGAACCCACACACAAUACAACUGUUCACCAAAAUCGACCCCAAAAAAUCAUAGCUUGUCUCUAAUUCACACUCCCACCAUGCUUAUAAUGCAUGCUUCUCAAAUGUGAAUGCCGAAACCCGCGUUGCAAUCACGUUUCUUGGAUCCGUAAGCCCCCCAAAAUCUGGUCUUUUGCAGAUAUUAGUACUCAUAUUUUUCCACAAAAAUCUUUAAAUGGGUGGACGCUGCUCCAAGUUCUCUCUGUGUUGGUGGCAUUCCCAGCUCAAGCCCACCACGCUUCAAUCAUCUGAUCCGGAGAAUGGGGAGAAAGAUUCGCUGCCGAGCUUCAGGGAGUUCAAAUGGGACGAGCUGAAGGCUGCGACGAAUGGGUUUUCUUCAGAAAACAUUGUUUCAGAGCAUGGAGAGAAGGCUCCUAACGUUGUUUACAAAGGUUUACUUGAAAAUGAGCGGUGGGUUGCUGUUAAGCGCUUCAAUAGGUCUGCUUGGCCUGACUCUCGUCAAUUCUUGGAUGAGGCAAAGGCAGUGGGGAGCCUUAGAAGUGAGCGGUUGGCGAAUCUGGUCGGAUGUUGCAUCGAAGGGGAAGAGAGAUUGCUGGUAGCAGAGUUUAUGCCUAAUGAGACAUUGGCUAAGCAUUUAUUUCAUUGGGAAGACCAACCUAUGAAAUGGGCAAUGAGGUUAAGAGUGACCUUAUAUUUGGCCCAAGCUUUGGAGUACUGCAGCAAUAAGGGAAGAGCAUUGUAUCAUGAUCUCAAUGCUUACAGAGUCUUGUUUGAUCAGGAUGGCAAUCCAAGGUUGUCUUGCUUCGGACUGAUGAAGAAUAGUAGAGAUGGCAAAAGUUACAGCACGAACUUAGCCUUCACUCCUCCUGAGUACUUGAGAACUGGAAGAGUGACUCCAGAAAGUGUGGUUUACAGCUUUGGGACCAUGCUGCUAGAUCUUCUAAGUGGGAAGCAUAUACCUCCGAGCCAUGCGCUUGAUCUUAUCCGGGGUAAGAACUUUCUGAUGCUGAUGGAUUCUUGUUUGGAGGGCCAUUUCUCCAAUGAUGAUGGAACUGAGUUGGUUAGGUUAGCUACACGUUGUUUGCAAUACGAAGCACGAGAGAGGCCAAACGCCAAGUCUCUCGUCACUUCUCUUGCAUCUCUUCAGAAAGAAGAUGAGCAGGUUCCUUCGUAUGUGCUACUUGGAGUUCCACAAGGAAAUACAAACAGUAAUCAACAACUACAGUUGAGCCCCAUGGGUGAAGCAUGCUUGAGAAUGGAUCUCACUGCCAUACAUGAAAUCUUGGAUAAAAUUGGGUACAAAGACGACGAAGGAAUUGCCAACGAGCUAUCUUUCCAAUUGUGGACAAAUCAGAUGCAGGAGACUCUGAAUUCCAAGAAGCAUGGAGAUGCUGCUUUUCGAGCUAAGGAUUUCCCAACUGCCAUCGAUUGCUACACACAAUUUAUAGAUGGAGGGACGAUGGUAUCACCAACGGCCUUUGCUCGUCGGUGUUUGUCGUACCUGAUGAACGAGAUGCCGAACGAAGCUCUCGGAGACGCGAUGCAGGCGUUGGUGGUGUCACCGGACUGGCCGACUGCGUUAUACCUGCAAACGGCUUCACUAUUUGCACUUGGAAUGGAAAAUGAUGCUCAAGAAUCACUCAAAGAGGCAACAAACUUGGAAUCGAGAAGAAACAAAAACUAAAAUAUGUAUAGAUUUUACUUGUUAAUGAUUUGAUCUCUAUGGAUUUAGCAAUACUUUGAACACCAACAGAUCAAUCGUAUGAUAUUGAUUUCUACUUCAAUUUUUGUGAGUAAUGUAAACUUCAGCUAUUGUUAUAAAGUUUCCUGAAUUUUGUGGAA